GCCGGAGCGGGGCGGGCGGCAUCCUGCGCCCGGUGGGGGGGCGCCGAGCGGCGUGGGGCCCGUGGUCCCGCAGCACUGAGGGUGCCGGAAAGACAUUUCUCCAUUCUUCAAAGCCAGGAUAAUUUUCAAGGGCGGAUGACGGAACCAGCUAGCCUUUCUGCAGGUGCAGAACCAACACAGAAAAAAGAGAGUGUUGCCACCGUACGUUUGAUGCAGCAUGAAAAGGAAGUUGGUGUUCCUUCUAAUGAACUUGGUUCAGCAAACGCAGCUGCUGACCAGAAAGAGCAAUCUAUGUCAGAAAUAAGAAGAGGCUGCAUGUACAGAAGUCCUGGAAGACCUGAGAAGACAGAUGUGAUUAAAUCACUGGUGACAGAUCAGGAUGCAUUUAGAAACUGUGAACUCUAUCAGCCUAUGUCUACUAAUUGUUCAGCAAUGGAAUCAUCUGAGGAGAGUGAGGAGGACAUGUAUCGUGAUGCAGAAGAAAUAGAGAGAGAGAAAAUAUUACUUUGUGAGACAAGCUCUUCAGAACAUAAACUAAGUGUUGCACCUGAAAUGGACAUCCUGGAGUACUGCAGAAAAGAAUGGAGAGGAAAUACACCAGUAGCAAAAAGGAUGAGAAAGGGAUAUGAAGCAGUGGCUCAGAAGUUUGCAUCUAUAAGGAGAGUACGAGGUGAUAACUAUUGUGCUCUCAGAGCAACUCUUUUCCAGGCACUAAGCCAGGCUACUGAGUUACCAAGCUGGCUGCAGAGUGAGGAUUUUACCAUGCUUUCUGAAAAUCUGCUGAGCAAAUAUGAGUGGAUCAAUCAUUGGCAGCUGAAAGAGAAACUGGGCAGGAAGAUGGGAGAUAUAAGAGAGGAAAUUAAGGAUUAUUUAAUACUUCUAAGAAAAAAGUGGAAGAAUAUAAGUGAAAUCAAGGGUCCUAUUGAGAAACAAGAAGCUUGUGAUAAAUUGUUUACAAAUGAAGAGGAGGAGUAUAGUCUCUAUGAAGCACUGAAGUUUUUGAUGCUCAACACCGCCAUUGAAUUAUACAAUGAUGAUAAAAAUGGAAGGAGAGUUCCUGUCUUCUCGUGGUUACUGUUUGCACGGGAUACAUCUAGCAACCCUUGUCAGUUAAUGCAUAAUCACUUGAAUCAUAUUGGUCACAGUGGAGGCCUUGAACAAGUGGAAAUGUUUCUUCUUGCUUAUGCGCUGCAGUAUACCAUCCAAGUGUAUCGAUUAUAUAAAUACAAUACUGAUGAAUUCAUCACCCUUUAUCCCAAUGACCCAGAGGAGGACUGGCCUGUGGUGACUCUCAUAACUGAAGAUGACAGACAUUAUAAUAUUCCAGUCAGAAUGUGCCAAGAAACUGUGCUGUAAACAAGGGAUUUCUUGCAGAUGAACCUGUGCUGCUUAUUGAGGUUUCCAGUGCUGUUUUGAAACAGGAUGAUGAUGAAAUCUGCUUUAAUAAAUCUACAACUUGAAAUCCAUGUUUUAGGAAUUAACAUCUGAACUAAGAUGUCAAAUGGGUACUAGCUUAAAGAGAAAAAAUUUUUGCUAGUAUGGCUUUCGUUGCUCAUAAAAAAAGGAAACUUCUGCAGUCCUUGUUUUUGAAGGCCUUACUCUGAAUAGAAAUGCAAAAACUAUAGAUUUACUUCUUUUAAGAAGACAGGUGAGGCUCUGUAGUAAGACAUGAGCUGACCUUCUGCUCCCUCAAAUAAUGAGGUAAUGAUGAAUUGAAAUUUCUGGAGAAGUAAGCUGGCAGCAUCCUGACUGAUACUUGUAAUGCUGCUUAGAAGCAAUUUGUACACAUGCUUAUGCUAUGAGAAAUGUUUUUUAAAGUUUUCCAGUGCUUUGGGGUUUUUCCAACAUGAAUAUCUCUUACUCAGAGUCUGGUUGUCUCUGACACAGAAAAUAAAGAGCUCUUCCCCUUUCAACCCUUUGGGAGGGUAAUGGCAAAGAGAGCUCAUAGUAAGGGAGUGGAGAAGUUGUUUAUUAGUGGGUCACAAAUUCAAAACCUCCUCAGAAUUCCCUCCUCAGUUACGAUAUCUGGUAUGAGAUAACCACGUGCCCCCUAACUUCCAUGUCUGCUCACGUUCCUGUUCCUGUAGUGUUAAUUUUUGAUGGCAGCUGCUGUGGAGAACAUCAGGAUUUUAAUUUGUCCAGGGAGUGCAGUAGAUGGAAGUAAACUUCUGGUGCAACUUCUCUGCUCUUGGGAGGAGUAUCUGGAGGUUCUGUUUCUGCUUAGAAUUAUUCAUUAUGCUUUAAAUUGGAGGAAUACAGAAUAUAUCAGAUGCUGGGAAUGCUGACAUAUCUUAACAAAAUAAGUAAAUAACAAAACCUUCACCAUUAAUAUAAAAGUGAAAGUAUGCCCUAUAGAUGAUUCUUGGAACAAGAGAGUGAAAGUUAAUUUAAAUGAAAUGCUGUUCAUACACAGAUCACUUGGCUUCCCUUGGAAGGCCUUCAUGUAUAAAAGGGAUAAGAUUCUCAAAGCUACUUUUCAGCUAAAUAUUCUGGAGGAAAUGACCUGCAAAACUUCCAGUUCUGUCUUGUUCUACUUAAAAUUGUUAACUUUUAUUGUGAAAGGUUAUUACACAAUGAGAAUGUGUAUUCACAAUAUUCUAAAAUGUGUUUUGGACGCAUCUUAAGGACGUCUAUCAUGUCCUCGGUGUUACAUUUAUCGUGUUGUCUUUGCCUUUUAAAGCAACUACUUUGAUCUGUUACUGAAAACUUCUGGGAGCUACAAGGGAAUAAAAAUAAACCAAUUCAUCUGGCAGAAUUUUA